GUAAGCGGAGCAUUUGAGACUUGAGACGAGCGGUCUCCGCGAGGUGGGCCCCAACGGCCAGUCAGAGACUCUUCUCGCCCGGUCCCCGGUCAAGUCUCACCCCCCUUCCGCUCCCACUUCCGUAACCGCCGGGGGGCCAAGCCGCCGGCGACCGAACUGCAUUGCCGGUUUCCGUAGCGCCGGCCAGCCCCGCCCCGAGAGAGAAGCCGUUCGGGCGUGUCGGUGAUGGAGGCGGACGAAGAGCGGGCGGCGGAGGCGCAGCGGGAGAAGGAGGCCGGCAACGACGCCUACCGCAAGCAGUACCUCGAGACGGCCGUCGACCACUACACCCGCGGCGCCGCCCUCGACCCCCGCGACAUCUCCUUCCUCACCAACCGCGCCGCCGCCUACCUCCUCAUGUCCAAGUACAGGGAAUGCGUGAGGGACUGCGAUGAGGCGGUGGAGCGGGGCAGGGAGCUCCGCGCCGACAACAGGCUGCUCGCCCGUGCGCUGUCGCGGAAGGCGUCCGCGCUGCUCAAGCUCGCGGCCUGCGCCGCGGACUACGCGCCGGCGAUCCGGGCGCUGCAGCAGUCGCUCGCCGAGCACUACAGCGACGACACGCGCGACAAGCUGGACCAGGCGGAGAGCGCCAGGAAGGAGAUCGAGGAGCGGGAGCGGCUGGAUCAGGAAGCCGCCGACCACCACCGCCAGAGAGGCAAUGAAUUAUUCCAGAGGAAAAAUUAUCAGGAAGCAACAGCUCAUUAUACUGAAGCUAUUGAAAAGAAUCCAAAUGAUCCCAGAGUCUUUAGCAAUAGAGCUCAAUGUCACAUCUAUCUAGGAAAUCUGCCUAAAGGUCUGGAAGAUGCAGAAAAAUGUAUUGAGUUGGAUCCUACUUUCCUGAAGGGCUAUGUGCGUAAAGCGAAUGUACAAUUCCUGAUGGAGUAUUAUGAAAGUGCUCUGGCAACAUACAUAGAGGGUCUGAAGUGUGAUCCAAACAGUCUCGUUAUCAUUGAUGGCUUAAGGAGAUGUGCAGCAUACAUUAACAGGUCUAAUGGCGGUGAUGUUAGGCCUGAUGAUUUGGAAGAUAUCUUGGGAAAUGUUAGUUCAGACAAUGAUUUGCGUAAUAAACUCCAAAAACUCAUGGAGGAAGCUGCAGCACUCAAGAAGGAAGCCUCUGAUGAGCGUUUGAGGCGGAUUGAAUCUGAGCGAAUGGCCAGGACAUCAGAGGACUUAUAUUUAAACCAAGCCCAACAACGAAGAGAAACCGAGGAAUAUCUUUCCAAAAUGGAACAAGAGUUCCAACAACUUAAAAUACGACAAGAUGAGGUCAGUGAGGAAUUUCAGAAAGCCACCGAGCACAAUGAGAAUCUUCAACAUCAGCUCACAGAAACAAUAAGAGCACUCGAGGCCGUGAGGGGUGAUGCAACAUCGGCUUCGCCUUCGUCUUCGGGAUCAGUGCUGGAUGAAAACCGCAUACCGUCAUACUUCAUCUGUCCUAUAUCUCAGGAUGUCAUGAAUGAUCCUCACAUCGCAGCGGACGGCUUCACGUACGAAGGCGAUUUUAUCCGGAGCUGGUUCCGCACGGGCAGCGACACGUCCCCAAUGACCAACUUGCCGCUCGAACACGACGAGCUCAUCCCCAACAUCGCCCUUCGCUCCGCCAUCCAGGAGUGGCUCCAGCAGCAGAACGUGGCAGCGUGAUAACCCCCCCCCCCCCCCCCCUCUCAAUCUGUGCCAUCAGCCGCCACAUGUAUCACCCCGGUGUGGCGCCCACUCCCCACCGGAAUCUCGCACCUGUCUGGUACAGUAGAAGAGUCUGUGCUCCCAUCAUAGGGUGUUUAAUGGAUGCAGCAAGCAGGUAGCAUGACCAUUUGUGUAUACAGUAGAGAAUGCAACGGGUUGGUAAAAACGGUCUGUGCCCUCAGGCAAUGCUUCAUGGUUGUGGAAAAAAAUAACCUGUCUAUGCCAUGCCUGAA